UGGCAGCUGCAGAGUCUGUCUUGGUCAGACCUCCCUCCAGAGCUCCUGGGCCUUGUCCUUAGGCGCCUCCCCUCCCUAGCUGAUCGUGUUAGACUGAGAGCAUUCUGUCACCCAUGGCGCUCCAAUGCUAGACUGCAGUCCCUACCCCCUCCACUCCCGUGGCUCACACUCCUUGAUGGGACCUUUCUGAGCAUCCCAGAUGGUGAGAUCAUCCGAAUGGCUAUACCAGAUGAUGCACACUGCUAUGGUUCCAUUGACAACUGGCUCUUCCUAAUGCAAAGAGAUGGAGGGUGCUCAUUGAUGAAUCCUUUCUCUAAAGCAACACUGGACCUUCCUAAGCUGGCCACUGUUUGGCGUGGAGACUGGUUCAAUGCUCUCUCCCAAUUUAAUCCUCUAUUUUAUAAGGUGGUAGUUCCCUCACCCCUGGACACCUCACCAGAAUUUGUUGCUGUGCUGAUCUUGGACGAUGGUAAUUACAGUAGAGUUUGUAUUUGCCAGCCACCAGUUUCUACCGACAUGUCCAGAGGCGGGAGCAUGGAACCUUCUACAGACCUGGGCGAUGUUGCAUUCUGCAAUGGGAAGCUGUAUGGUGUUGCUUUUUGUGACAGGCUUCUUAUGUUUGAGAUUGGUUGACCUUGGCAAUAAGCCGAAGAUCUCAUCCACUGAAUGCAUAAUCAACUCAAUGGAUGCUUCUUCACGGGACUUGCCCCACUCCUUAUUCAGAAGAAAGACGUAUUCGAUAAGGUAAUAUGUAGUUGAAUGUUGCGAUAGGCUGUUGAGGGUUAAGCGAUAUGUUCACAACGAUUGUCCCAAUUCCACAAGUCUUCCCUUUGAACAUGAUUGCACUGUUGGAUUUACUGUCUUUGAGGCAGAUUUGAGCACCAAUCCUGGUCAGUGGAGACAGGUCAAUAAGUUGGGUGGCCAAGCGCUGAUCGUUCGCCGGCAUUGCUCCAAGUCUUUUGCUGUUGAAGAGUACAAUGGGAUUCAAGAGGAUUGCAUAUAUUUCAUGUGUGACUAUCCUUGGCCAGAUGACCCUGCAGAUCCUCUUCGUGACUCUGGCGUGUACAACAUCAGAAAUGGGAUGAUCACUCUGUUGUUGUCACAGAACACACCAGUGCCGCAGCGUAACGGUGGCCAGUGGCGUCCAACCUGGAUAUUUCCUGCUGAUCCUAUAUAAUCAAACCAUCUUAGCUUUGUUAGUGUAUUGGGAUUAUGUAACACGCUAUGUAUUAUGUACUUUGAAAUAUUAUCUGAUGUCUAGUUAGAACAUUAGUGAUUUGUUGUUGAACCAUAGUGCUAACUAUUAUCUACUCUUCAGUACUCAUGUAUUAUGUGCAUGAGCUAUGCUUGGUGCUAGCAUUUGUUUUUUUUAUUUUAACAUGUUCCCCUAUGCCAAUACUGCAAUAAGGAGGGGCAUUUCAUUUUACAAAGACAAACUUUAGUUUAGUACUUUUGGUUAACCAGAAUUUCUUGGAGCUCUGCUUUUC